CUAAGACAGGAUUGUUUCUCCAGCUUCAAGCUUCAACCCCAAUCAUUGAUAGCAAUGCUCAUCAAUAGGAAUGUUCCGCACAAUUGUUAGACGUGCUGCUCAGCAGACGCGUCUGGAGCUACCGUAUGAUCCAAACUCAAAUCCUUAUAAGGCAAAACGUUUAUGGCCACCCGACUUCUCCAAGUUAUCGCAAAAGCAUCAAUUCCGGCUCGAACGAAGAUACAAAAGAAGAGCGAAGUUGAAGUGGGCGAGACCCAGGUGGACGAAGGCCGUCAAAAUUGCACAACUGAGCUCUGUUCUAUGUGAGUAGACCGGGAGUAUGCAUCGGAUCACGGAAUACUGAUGUUUGGGCAAUAGUUGUGAUAGUGUACGGAGUACUAUUCGCAGAUUGGAACAAGGACAAUCUGGUUCACGAAAGGGCACCAUUCCAGGGAGUACGAAUAUCUCCACCUUCACCAACAAACUAAGAUGUUGACAUUAUAUAGGUUCGAGAAUGGUUUUUUGGACUUACGGGAUCAAUGUGGACAAAAGAUCAGGUUCGCAAACGUGUAGAUCAAUCCGAAGACGCAUUUCCCGUAGCAAAAGCGAGUAAUUGAAGCACAGGUCAUGUUAGCUCGCCAAAAGCCAUGAUAUUGUAUAAUUUGUAGUAAAUCCUUCUCGGCGUGGAGGCGUUAAAUACCACUCUAGGCUGGAAGUGUAAAUCAUGCAUGAAUCACAAUCUUUCCUCAAGCUAUCCUCCUCUUUUG